AUGGGCGUCAUUUCAGAGCCCGGUGCUCCAGAGACCUCAGAGUCCCGGCUGGCAGCCCUCAGGAGCAGUUCAACCAACACCCGCAUCGAAGUGCUGCGGAAACUGCUCAAUGAAAUUCAAAGUACUGCCGAAGAGCCCAGUUCAAAUAUACUGAGCUUGUUACCGGACCUCCUAUCGACCUAUCCAAGAUAUGCAGAUAGAAAGUCUCGCCGUGCCGUGCAGUCAUGCCUACGAGCAUAUGUCACGACGCCAUCCGUCGCCGACACCGCCUACCCUGCCAUCACGAAGUUCCUGUUCCACGAAUCCCAGAAGGCUGUCAUAGCAUCUUCAAGCGCGUUUGUUCUGCUCGAAUGGUCUUGUCUGCUUCAACAGGAGUGUCCGCGCAAUGAAAAGUCGUUUGAGGCCUGUUUCGGGAAAAUCUGUCUUGCCGCAGCCCGCUUCUUGGACAAAUGCGAAGACACAAGUGUCCGAGGAGGCGUCCAGCAUUCCGCAUUGACAAUAGCGCGGAGAGGGCUACGUGAUGUCUUCAAGUCUUCCCAGUACGGAGCCAAGGCCUUGGAACUGGCGGUCCAGGAGGUUGCAACUUCUCCGGACGCAGAUGCCCGGUGCGGACUAUACCUGGGUGUCAUCGCCGGGGUCAGCUCGCGCAUACCAGAAAGAGAACAGCAGCUCCAGAAUCUGUCCAAACAAGUCCUUGACUACUAUGUCAAGUGCAUUCUCUCCUCCAGAGCUCCGGUGCCUGUCCACGAGUCCAUGGGCCUUCACGAUUUCUUCUUGGACUUCGUAACUGUGGAGGAUGUUGACAGAAUAUUGGUCCCUGCAUUGGAGAAAGCCAUCUUGCGUUCCCCUGAAGCCGUUCUGCAGGGCUCUAUCGAGACACUAGCCGCCUGCUUGCCACAGAGCCUUGAUAUUUCCGAGCUCGUGCUCUCCAGGUUAUUGAAGCCUCUUCUCUCGGCAUUGAACUCCACCAACCCUACGAUUCGUGAUGGUGCAGGAAAGGCCUUGAAAGCUUUGGUGCAGAGACGGGGCGACCCUGUCAAUAUUCAGAAGAUCUCAGGAGAGCUAGCUUCGGCCUUGAAGUCGUCCAAGACUGCAAGUUUCGAGAUGCGCGGCAUUCUCGCCGAGGUCAUCCACGCCGUGCAACCAGAGCUCAAAACCUCGACAGUAGUGGCCCAGGGCAUUCUGACUGCUGCAGCAAAAGAGGCAAACGAAGGGGCACUUCGAAAAGAGCUUGUGGCUAUAGUCCCUCAUUUACGGAUCGUUGUUUCAUCCUCGGCCAUAGAGAAAUCUCUCUCGGAGCCUCUGCUAAAAGGGUGCGCUGAUAAGAGACCUGCUUUUCGCAAGGUCUGGGUUCUGUGUGUUGCCAAUGUACUCAGAGAUCUGCAACAAGUCCCACCUGAAGGACCUUCACGGGAUUUUGUUCAGUCAGCCUUGAAGGUUCUGAAAGAGGUUUACGAUGAAAUCGCGGCCAAUCCACUCCCAGCCGCUCAGAAUGGCUACGUUGCAGCUGGGUACGGUCUUCCUGCGCUUCUUGACGCACCUAUAUUGAAGACCGAUGGGUUGAAAAGCGAUGUUUACGACUCUAUCAGACAGCAUGCCCUUGGAGUCAGCCCGAAGCUUUCCUUUUUGCUGAAUCCAAAGGUCUACGUACGACUUUCCUCGGCGGAAGACAAUCGGUGGGCGCUGUACGCGUUGACAACGUUGGCAUCUGAGCUUGACAAUGCCCCGAAUGAUGCAAAGACUGCAUGGGCAAGGGCUAUACUACACCUCCUACUGACCCCAGAGGUGGAUUCCGCCGUCCGAAAGGAGACGGGCGCCUCUUUAUCACGAGUGUAUAUGGAAAAGCCUGCAUCUGUGGGGCAAAGCAUAGUACUCGGCAUCUGGGACGUGCUUCGAUCCCGUGCACAACAAUUGAGCGGUGUCCCUGGAAGCUCUGGUCCGUUGAGUGACAACCGAUUGCUCCAGGCGGUCAAGUGCAUAUCCCCGGCCAAAGACAAAUGGGGAGAAAUCCAGAUGGAUGUGCCUGUUGAUAUUUUGGAAGAUCAGUCCGUAUCAACGCUCGUCCUCCUCCGACCGGAACUGAUCAUCAACUCGGAUUGGAUCGCUACUUGUCUCACAGUAGGGGUUGAUCCUGGGAAUCUAGGGAGAAGACGGCGCGAAGCUCUCUUUGACGAGAUUCUAUCGCAUUUCGAAUCCCAGAAAUUGGCACCUCUCAAUAUUUUCGAGGUGGCUGCUUGUAAUGCAGCGGCCACCCUCGCAUUCGUGGCGCCAGAUUCCUGCACACCCGCUCUGAUUGACCAAUUCCAAGCAGACCUUGAUCCCUCACUGCUGGAGGGUCUAGGUCCCACGGAAGCGCUCAUUGCUCGUGCUCCCGAAGGCACUGUGGUGGUUGAUGUCCUAGGACAACAGACAAAUGGCGUUCUCGAAAACAAAAAUCAGAAGGACUAUGAUGUUCUUAAAUGGGAAGAGGAAAUGCGACAGCAACUGGCAAAGAAAAAGGGCGCUCCGCAAAAGAAGCUGACACCGGACCAGCAAGCGAAACUGGACGCGCAACUUGCACUUGAGACCGAGGUACGCAAACGUGUAAAGUCUGUUUCGGCAAAAGUGAGGAGAGGAGCGAAAUUCAUCGAAGGGCUCGCUCAGGGCCCCCCGACUGAUGCCCGGCUCUGGAUGUCCCCAGCUAUCUCCGCAAUGAUACGUGUACUUCGAGGCGGAGCUGCGUUCAUUGUCGACGAUGAGAUUGUCUCUGCAUACCUCGCGUGUUCUGCUCAGGUGUCAGACCGCCUGGGGAACCUGCGGCUCUUCAUCGGUGUGGCGACACUGAGGGCUUUGCCGAAUGCAAACGUCCCAGAACAUUUGACCGUGGAACCGCUGGCAGACCUGGGAACUAGAGUUCUUUACAGACUACGGUUCGCAGCAGAGCAGCGUCCAUUUGACACAAUCACCACUGCCUACGCUCUACCUUUGAUCUUUUCAGUUCUGGAGGAUGGAAAAAUUGGCGAUGUCAGUGGUGACGAUGCUGAUGCGCAAGUACUUCUCGCGCUGGAAUUUCUUUCCUUCCAGAUGGGAUCAGGUGCCGAUGAACAUCUUCCAAGGGCAGACAUCCUGCGCCACCUGAUCGGGGCCAUGCAGAAGUAUACCCAGCACUAUCGGAUAAUCAAAGAUUGUUUGUUCGACUUCUGCAGAUCCAUAUCCGAGAAUAUCACCCCCGAAGAGAGGGAUAUCAUCCUGUCCGCCGUCACUGUCCCGGAAACUGCCGUCCGGUCUGCAGCUCUUCAAGCCAUACAUUCCGAGCUCGACCUGUCAGACAUAGACUUUUCGGUACACCUUUGGAUUGCUUGCCAAGAUGAAGAAGAUGAAAAUGCAGAGACUGCAUUGGCAAUCUGGCAAGAACACGAGUUCACCGUAACCGAGGAGAUGAUCGACAGUAUACCCCAGUUCCUGUUCUCACCGGCACGUUCGACUCGCACCGCUGCUUCGAAAGCACUUGCGCAAGCACUCCUCGAAAUUCCUUCUAAGACAGACAGCAUCUUGGGUUUGUUGGAAGAGUCGUAUAAAACAGAAGCACAGCCACUGGUGCCGAAGCGCAACAAAUUCGGAAUCGUACAGAAGGGCGAGCUGGUGGAUCAAUGGGAGAGAAGGAGUGGGCUUGCUCUUGCCUUCAAAGAGAUCUCGUCCGUCCUCAGUGCCGAUGCGCUGGUCCCCUUCAUGAACUUUAUGAUCUCCGAGGGGGCUUUUUCGGACCGCAAUGCCACCGUGCGCGCAGAGAUGGCCGCAGCUGGUAUCGCCACAGUUGCUGGGCGUGGAAACGAGCGGUUGGAACCGCUCAUGGAACUGUUUGAAAGAGUUCUACAAGGCCCUGACCAGGGGACGCAAGAAGGGGACUGGCUCAAUGAGGCUGUAAUUGUCCUCUAUGGUUCCCUUGCCCGGCAUCUUCCGGAUGGGGACAAACGAACACAGAGUGUCAUACAGAAGCUGCUCGACACACUCAGCACCCCUUCGGAGUCGGUUCAAUAUGCGGUGGCCAAUUGUCUCCCUCCGUUGGUCCGAUCACCCAGCAUCGACGUUGGACCCUACUUGUCCUCGCUGCUUGACCAGCUGUUCAACUCCAAGAAAUAUGCCGCGCGUCGAGGCGCAGCUUACGGGCUGGCUGGCAUCGUGAAGGGCAAAGGAGUGGCUGUCCUGAGGCAGCACCGGGUGAUGUCCGCGUUGAGGAGCGCCACAGAGAACAAGAGAAGCCCUGAGCAGCGUCAAGGCGCCAUGAUGGCCUACGAACUGUUGUCGCUACUCCUCGGACGUACUUUCGAGCCGUACGUGACCGAGAUUCUUCCACAGCUGCUGACCGGGUUUGGUGAUCCAGUCGCCUCAGUUCGGGAAGCUUGUCUAGAUACAGCUAAGACAUGCUUCGGAAACCUGAGUUCCUUUGGCGUUCGUCAAGUCCUCCCUCAACUUCUGGAGGGGUUGAACGAGACACAAUGGCGCAGCAAAAAGGGCGCGUGCGAUCUUCUGGGUGCCAUGGCCUACCUUGAUCCUCAACAGCUAGCUACAAGCUUACCGGAAAUCAUCCCGCCACUCACAUCCGUGCUCACUGACAGCCACAAAGAAGUACGGGCAGCUGCUAACAGCAGUUUGAAGAGGUUUGGUGAGGUGAUCACCAAUCCCGAGGUUAAGAGUCUCGUCGACAUCUUGCUCAAGGCCCUGAGUGACCCUAGCAAGUACACGGAGGAAGCCUUGGAUUGCCUGAUCAAGGUCUCGUUCGUACAUUACCUCGAUGCGCCAUCACUGGCACUGGUCGUAAGGAUCUUGGAAAGAGGUUUGAAUGACCGCUCGGCCACCAAGCGGAAAGCUGCGCAAAUCAUUGCCAGUCUGGCACAUCUCACGGAGAAGCGUGACAUUAUCACUCAUCUACCCAUCCUGGUCUCUGGAUUGCGUCUCGCCUCUGUCGAUCCUGUACCAGCAACUCGAGCCACCGCCUCGAAAGCGUUGGGCAGCCUUGUCGAGAAGCUUGGUGAAGACGCCUUCCCUGACUUGAUCCCAAGCUUGAUGUCGUCGCUCCGUACCGACACAGGCGCAAGUGACCGCCUUGGUGCUGCCCAAGCCCUCAGCGAGGUGCUUGCCGGCCUUGGAACCGUCCGUCUUGAGGAGACUCUUCCAACAAUUCUGCAGAAUGUUGCCAGUCCAAGACCGACAGUCAGAGAAGGAUUCAUGACCUUGUUUAUCUUCUUGCCGGCUUGCUUCGGCAACAGCUUUGCCAACUACCUUUCUCAGAUCAUCCCCGCUAUUCUCAGCGGGCUGGCUGAUGAUGUGGAAAUUAUCCGGGAGACAGCCUUGAGAGCUGGCAGAUUGCUCGUGAAGAAUUUCGCAACCAAAGCGAUCGACUUGCUCUUGCCGGAACUGCAACGUGGAUUGGCUGAUGAUAGCUACCGUAUCCGUCUCAGCUCUGUCGAGCUGAUUGGUGAUCUUCUCUUCAACCUGACUGGUAUCAGUGCACAAACAGACGCCGAGGAAGAGGGUGAAACGGCUGCACAAGCUGGCCAGUCCUUACUAGAAGUGCUGGGCGAAGAACGGCGCAACAGAGUAUUGUCAUCUCUCUAUAUCUGUCGCUGCGACACUUCUGGCCAGGUCCGCGCGGCUGCCAUCGCUGUCUGGAAGGCUCUCGUUGCCACCCCUAGGACUUUGCGUGAAUUGGUACCGACUCUUUCACAAAUGAUCAUUGCUCGCCUGGCCUCGUCCAACAUGGAACACAAAGUCAUUGCCGCAAACGCUCUUGGAGAGGUCAUUCGCAAGGCCGGUGAAGGUGUCUUUGCGUCGUUACUGCCGUCACUAGAGGAAGGCCUUCAAACGUCGACGGAUCCGGACAAGAGACAAGGUAUUUGCAUUGCUCUACGCGAGAUCGUCAAUGCUGCUUCUCCGGAAUCACUCGAGGACCAUGAGAAGAGUCUGAUUGCCAUUGUCCGACUGGCACUGACAGACUCCGAUCCUGAGGUCAGAGAAGCUGCUGCCGAAUCCUUCGAUGCUCUUCAACAAACCUUCGGCAAACGAGCUGUGGAUCAAGUCUUACCCCAUCUGCUCAGUCUUUUGCGAAGCGAAUCUGAAGCGGAACAUGCUCUAUCUGCUUUGCUUACCUUGCUCACCGAAGCUACCAGGGCCAAUGUCAUCCUUCCAAAUCUGAUACCAACGCUUCUGACAAACCCCAUCACUGCUUUCAAUGCCCGGGCCCUUGCAUCGCUCGCCAGGGUCGGGGGCCCCAGCAUGACUCGCAGGCUACCUGCGAUCUUGAACAGCCUUGCGGACAAUAUCGUAUCAUGCAAGGAUGAAGAUUUACUGGAAGAGUUGAACGAAGCCUUUGACGCCGUCUUAUCAUCUGUGGAUGAAUAUGACGGUCUCAAUACGGCCAUGAGCGUGAUGCUCACGAUGAUCAAACACGAUGAUCAUAAGCGACGAGCUGUCGCAGCGAAGCAUCUGGGUAAAUUCUUUGAAACGGCCGCUGUCGACUACUCGAGGUAUAACCAAGACCUAAUUCGAGUGCUUCUGAUAUCCUUCGGAGACCGAGAUCCAGAAGUCGUCAAAGCAGCCUGGUCUGCACUGAGCCAGUUGCAAUCACAUCUUCGCAAGGAGGAGAUGGAGUCGUUGGUACCCUCGACGAGACAAGUCUUGCAACAAGCCGGGUUUGCUGGCUCCGUGCUUCCUGGGUUUGCACUUCCGAAGGGCAUUCUACCUGUUCUCCAAAUCUUCCUGCAGGGCUUGAUGAACGGAACAACUGAGCAGAGAGUCCAGGCUGCCAUGGGUAUCUCCGACAUCAUUGAUCGUAGUGGACCAGAUGCUUUGAAACCGUUCGUCACACAAAUCACUGGUCCACUCAUCCGUGUCGUCGGCGAGAGAUCAAUGGACGUCAAAUGUGCGAUCCUAGCCACCCUCAACCAACUGCUUGAGAAGAUCCCAACCUUCCUGCGGCCCUUCCUGCCACAGUUGCAGAGGACCUUCACCAAAUCUAUUGCCGACCCCACGAGUGAACUACUCCGAAUGCGGGCGACAAAGGCAUUGAGCACCCUCAUCACUUUGACUCCACGUGUAGAUCCUCUCAUCGCAGAGCUUGUCACGGGGGCGAAAACUCCAGAUACUGGCGUCCGCAACGCUAUGCUGAAAGCCUUACAGGAAGUGGUCAGCAAGGUUGGCUCAAAUAUGAGCGACGCUUCCAGGGAGUCAAUUCUAGGGCUCAUGGACAGUCAGCUCGACGGACAGGAUGACAGCAUGAUGGUGACCAACGCGCGCCUUCUCGGCGCCAUGACCAAGGUCCUGCCAGACGAGAAAGCGGCCUCGCUUAUCAAAAGCCGGGUCCUGGUGCAGCCGUCGACGAACGCUUCCAUCUUGGCACUGAACGCCGUUCUGCUUCAAAGCGCAUCCACGUUGACCUCCGGUCACGCCGAGGAGACGAGGGCCGUGAUAGCAUCCGGAUUGACUGGCAAGAACACCUUCGUGCAGCAGAAUUCCGUACUGGCGCUUGGCAAGUAUCUGCUGUCUGGCUCUACAGCCUCAGAUGAAGAGGCCUGCCGACCACUCAUUGAAGCCUUGACGUCGGUAAUCGCUCCUGGUGGAGACAUUGACUCUCGCCGUCUCGCACUCGUGGUCAUACGCACUGUGGCUCGCCACCACAGCGAUGAUAUGAGGAAGUUCCUCUCGAUCCUUGUGCCCCCAGUGUUCUCCUCUGUGCGAGAUCCUGUCAUCCCAGUCAAGCUGGCCGCGGAAGCCGCAUUUCUCGAACUUUUCAAUGUUGUGGACGAGGAGAGCGCCGUCUUCGAUCAAUACAUGGCCGGACCGGGCAAGGCUCUACCUAUGGGUCAAUCACGUCCGCUGAGCGAUUACUUCAAGCGUGUAGCCUUGCGGUUGGGUGCACAGGCAAGGGAAAGGCGCGAGGCCGAAGGUGGAGCUGGUGGGUUGGGACUCAGUUCUGACGAGCAGGAGGACGAGCGUGAGGUUUGGAGCGUGGGAAGAGUAGAUUUGGGAGAGAGCGGUGGUGACGAAGAGUGA